GCAGUGCAUAGAGGAGUGGCUGUGGAGGAAACAGUCCUGUCCAACCUGUCAUGUCCAGGUGUGCAUACCUCAGCCUCUCUACUGGAGCUCCACCAGGGUCAAGGUCCCCUGAGACCUCCCUGAGACCGGACUAUGUCUUCAAACAGCUCCUCUGAUUUUAUUACAGAGAUCUGAUCCCAUCCUGUGAAACUCGGUUACAGCUCAGCUGUGACGACAGACUUCAGGUCUGUGAGAGCGAUACAUGACUGUCUCUUCAUGCUCCGUUUAUUGGGCUGGAUAAGUUUUCACUGCAAGACCAACAAGUUCUCUACAGUUCAGCCGGCUGCCUUUAUAGCACAGCAAAACCACUGGAGCCCUGAUUUUACUCCAGAAAAUCAGCGUUAUCGCUGGUUUUUAAGAGAUUUACAGUGGAGAACCUCACGGAUCAAUCAAUGACUCAUAGCUGCUGAUGGUCAAACCAGCUUCAUCCAGGGGUUCCCAUUGGUCCAGGUUGGCGGAUCUUUGACGGCUGAAGAUCCAACACUAUCAAGAUCAACUCAGGACAAAACACAUUUAAACCUUUUAAACAGGCUGCAUUUCUCUGGCCAAGUAUUUACAAGGACUUUCUCUUUAUUGGGAAAAUAUCUUUAUUUACCAGUUAAUUUUGCACUCUGUUUUCUUUUACAUUGGCUAGAUUUGCUUACAGUUGGUAUGUUUUGCAUUUUGAGCUUAUUUCUAAAUAUUCUGAGAUGCUUGAUAAAUAAGAAAAAAACUUUUAUGAAAUAAAACUGAAGCUAUGGUUCUAAAACACAACAGAAUAAUAUUUAAGCUGAUUUACAACAACUUUAACCUCAUUGUAAUGCUUUUUUUUUUAAAGCUUUACGAAUGUUAUAAUGUUUUCCUUUUUUUGACUGAUUACAUAUGUACAAACAUGGGUGCCGGCUGAAUGUUGCUUUAACAAUGUAAAAAACAUCCAAGGGUAUAAAGCCGUAAGUUUACUUUAAUAAAAAAUAGCUAUUUUAGUUUUAUCUGAAGAAAUUGUCUUAUUUAAGUAACAUCAACAAAAUAUUCCUCAUAUAAAUGUUCGGGGUGAAACAGCGCCUCCCUCUGACGCGUUGUGGCCAGAGGCGGUACUGCAGGCGGAAGUGCUGCACCUGUUGAGGUAAAAGUCUGUUCCUCCUGCCGGAAACUUUGACGGCUCACCUGGUCAACCUGGACCCACCGACCCGCGGCCUGCUGGGAGGUUCUGGACGUUCUGCGGCGGUUCUGGAAGGAGAGCGGGUCCAUGGAUAAACUGAAGCAAGUUCUGGGCGGGCAGGACGGCGGCGGCAGCUCGGAUGGGAGCGGCAUACUGGAGAGAGCCAAUCAGGCGUCCACUCUGGCCUGGGGGACCCGGAUGAAGGGCUUCGUCAUCUGCUUCAUACUGGGGGCCGUCUGCUCCAUACUGGCUACCUGCCUGCUGUGGAUCCCAGGGUUUGGACUUCCUGUGUUCGCUGUCCUCUACACCGUAGGAAACCUCUGCGCUCUGGCCAGCACCAUGUUCCUGAUUGGUCCGUUACGGCAGCUGAAGAACAUGUGCGCUAAGGUCCGAGCCCUGGCCACCGCCAUCAUGCUGGUCUGCCUGGUUCUGACUCUGUGCGCUGCAUUCUGGUGGAAGAACAACGGCUUGGCGCUGCUGUUCUGUGUGCUGCAGUUUCUGGCCUUCACCUGGUACGGCCUGUCUUACAUCCCAUUCGCCAGGGACGCUGUCAUCAAGCUGUUCUCCCUCUGCAUGUAGAGCCACCAAUCAGGACAAGGGAUGCUGGGGUGUGUAUCCAAUCAGGAAUCAGGUUUUAUUUAUUAAUAAUCACAUUGGAUCUAAUUCGCCAUGUUAACAUAGAAUGACGCAGCUUUAGUUUCAUAUUAUUGCAUUUCAGAUUCAGGCUAAAAUAUUUAAAGUUUAUUUAAACUACGGUGGAGUUUUGGGGCCAGACUAAAGGAUCCUGACUUUAUUCACCUUUUGUUACUUUUUCUGAUAUUGUUGCAGCUCUGUUACCAAAUUAUGAUGUUAUUUCUGAGUUAUUAUUAUGUCACUGUGACGUUGUUGCAACUUCACUCAUAAUUUCACUAAACUAAAUUCUUUUAGUCUAACCCAAAUUCCAUAUUGUGAAAAAUAAAUGAACAUAUAAACGUUAAAUUUUAAAGCUUCUUGGUCACAUUUAUGCUCUUCUUCAGCUGUUUUAUAAUAUUUAAUAUUCUGAUCACAAAACACUUCAAAUGUAGUGAAUUAUUCACAGAUUGUGUCAUAAUAAUUACACUACUGAAUGUGAGCCAGUUAUUUAUUAUUAUUAUUAAAAAAGGUGAAGAAAAUGGAAAUAUGAGGAUAAUUUUUAUUGAAUUGAUAAUAACUGUAUUAUUUUAAUCUAUUUAUUUGAUUUGUUUUGGUUUUCAUUUGGCCGUGUUGUUGUUCCAUAUUAGCAGGGUCUGUUGGUUCAAGCUUUAAUUCCUGUGUAAUAAUUAUGUAUUUUAUUAAUAUGAAUGUAUGUGAAAACCUGGCCUUAUUAUUAUUAUUAUUAUUAUUAUUAUUAUUAUUAUUAUUAUUAUUAUUAUUAUUAUUAUUAUUAUUAUUAUUAUUAUUAUCAGCUGCAGAGCUGAUGAUCAUUUUGCCUGAGAACAAAUCCACUAAUGUUCCUUCGAUCAUUAUGACACAUUUCAUCAGAAUUAUUUAUUAAUUGAUUCCUUUAUGGAAAUGAUUGUAAAUAUUUCCUGCUUUAACACAUUUCAUUGAUUUCUUUAAUAUUUAAUUGAAAUAUUUUGAUAAAUUCUUUAAAUUUGAGCAUUUCAAUGAGGGAUCCUCCUUCCUGUAAGUUUUAGCUUGACUAAUAUCAGAAACAUCUAGCGCCCCCUUCAGUCCCGGUGAGGAAGUGGAAGAUGGUUUUACUUUCAUGAGAACAUUUUUGUGUUUGUAUAAUUUGAAUUUGUGUUUCUGAACAUCCUUUUUUCUCCAGAAGUUUUGUAUUUCCUGUCAAAUCUGAAUAAAUGUAUUUUUGAGGCAAA